GAAAAAAAUAUGCUGGAUAAGUAUCUUCGAAAAAAAAAUGCCGGAUAAGUACUCCAUAUGAUAUUUUAAUUUUAUUUAAUUAAUGAAUUAUUAAUCAACUGCAUCAUACAAACACUAGCAGCUGCAACUGCAAGUUUCAACCUUUUUCUCAGAAAAUGAAAAAGGAAAAAAGGGUCAUUUUUAUUGCAAGAUCUUCUUUGCUGUCGAGCUGAUUAAGUUCAUACCGAAAAAAAGGGGCCAUCUUUUAUCCACUACGUCUCAAUCCCUGCUGCAAAACCUCCACAUUCUUCUCUGGAAAAGGAAACAAAAGCCAGCAUUUAUGGUUAUUUUUAUAAAGCAAAUUGCUUUUCAACAGCCCACGGAAAAUAGAAGGAAAUAUAUUUGUGUUCAUAGUUUUCUUGUGCAAGAUUCAGAGCCUACCAAAUCUUUCAGGUAGCUGCUUAUGAGGAACUAGUGUGAAGGCGAAGUCCCUUUUAUUUCGUGAGCAUGGAGAAAGCUUCCCCCGAUUGUCCAUACCCCGGUUGUUUUUUCUGUGUCAUGAAAGAAGGGAAUCCAAGCAAGCGUAGAGCGAGUUUAUUGAAAUUCUUCAGAGAACUCCCAUCUCAAGAUGAUGAUGGCCAAGUCCUCCCUAUUAGCGGCCUUUGGAACACUGCCAUGGCGCACCCUAAUGAUCCCGAGUUCAUCGAGUUGGGGAUUUUCGAAUGCAUGGCAGCGCUCAUCUGGAAGGGCUUAAAGAACCGGCGCUGGCUAUCUCAUGACCAGAACAUUUACAUCCCUUACUAUGCAGCGCAUAUAAUCGGGUCGUACACGAUGAACAUGGAGGAAUUCGCCGAGAUGGCAGUGCAUGCCGGAGUUAUCCCGGCCUUGGUUGAGCUUCUGAGGGGGAGGCUAACUUGGGUUGAACAACGAGUGGCGGUCCGGGCUUUAGGUCACUUAGCUACUUACGCUGCGACUUUUCCUGCUGUGGCAAGCCACGGAGAGAUCUUGGAGCUGUCGAUGCAGCUGGCGGUGAGUUCUCUUGAGAUCGUUUACACUCACUUUUACCAGUACGUCGACAGGAGGCUUAGUUACCACUGUGAUCUCCUCACACGUGGUAUGGGCGGUGUUGAGAUGGAGUCGAGGAAGGCUGAGGAAUGGGCUAGUCAGUUGCAGUGCUGGUCCCUUCAGCUCAUCAAUUGCUUUGCUUUCAAGCCCGAGUUUCUUCCAACUAUAUGCAAGCCGGAGUUUCUAGUAAAGCUUCCCGGCAUGUGGGGAGGGCUCGUUAACGAAAAUUCACCAGCCGGGAUUGGAUUGUUACGGACUAUUUGCCAUCACAAAUUCGGUAGAGGGCCGAUUGCAAGCUCUCCCGGAGUUAUAGACGCAUUGUGUAAUAUAGCACGAUCUUCAGACGACUGGCAAUAUAUGGCCGUCGAUUGCCUUCUUUGGUUGCUCCAAGAUCCGAGCACCUGCCAUAAGGUUAGUGACAAAGUCGUACCUACACUGAUCGAUCUUGCAGAAAUAACGGUGUUAGGGGAUCAUAAAAAGCUCGGGGAUUCCAUUGCUAAUGUUCUUGAAGAAUGUAUGCAGUCGUCUGGGACAGGUAGAAACUCGAUCAGCAGCCGUGCAAAAGAAGAGAGCGAGGAACUCCUCGCUGCUCGGCAAAGAUUAAAAUGGGAAAAGGGUAUGCCGAAAGAGGAUCUUCAUAUUAAACAUGCUGCUGCAUUGGUAGUUAAACUUGAAGGGAACUCCCUGUUUUCGUCCGGGGAUAUCUCUGGCGCCGCUUCAAAAUAUUCGGAGGCGUUGGCGUUGUGCCCGAUAAGGUCGAAGAAAGAAAGGGUGGUGCUGUACAGUAAUCGGGCGCAAUGUCAUCUUCUGCUACAGCAACCCUUGGCCGCCAUAAGCGAUGCCACUCGCGCACUUUGUCUUCAUAACCCCGUCAACCGUCAUGCUAGAAGCCUGUGGAGGCGAGCACAGGCCUACGACAUGCUUGGUUUGGCCAAGGAGAGCCUAUUAGAUGCUAUUUUGUUCAUAAACGAGUUCUCCCAAUCAGCUGAUCCCGAUCUCUCCUUGAGGCAAAACAAAGUGCCUGAUUAUGCAGAACGUUUGGUCAAGAAACAGAUGCGAGCUGCUUGGUUGUUUAGAGAGGCUUCUAUCAAACACGGAGGUGUGCAAUGUGAAGGUGAUGCUGGUGAUCACUGUGGCCAAGAGACGGACGAUUCUGAAUGGGAAACGGCUAGUGAGAGUGAUAUGGGAAACGAUGUGAAGGAUGACUUGGGUGAUGAUUUUGAGAGGAAGGAUAGGCAUGUCAAAGCCUCGAUGAAAGAUAUAUAGCUAGCUAGCUAGCACAAAUGGAAUAUGCUGCUUACCGAUGAGUUAUGGUCGAUCGUUAGCCUCGAUCCGUGCGCAAGCACAGGUAAAAACUUGGUCAUAAACUGCACAAGGAUCAUGAAAAUCAAGAAUUUGGUUUAUGGAGAUGAUGGUGGAGAAGACAUAUCAUUCCCUUUUGGUUAAGCUCCUUCCACUACAAAUUGUUGUGUUUCUUUUUUUACUUUUUUUUUUUUUUGUUGUUUCCUGGUUCUUUGCAUGAUUUGUGUGUUGCAGUUUUCUUGAAGGGGUUGGUAAUGGUUUAUAGGUUGCUUAGUCAUCUUUUUUUUUUUUUUUUUCAUUACAUGAUAUGUGUAUAUAGGUUUGAGGAAUUUGAGAAUUCUUGACAUUGUUUGAUUGAUUUUUGUUUUCUCCAUCACUAGGAUUUGUUUGCUUUUAUGGUACUUGUCUUUGGAAUCUA